AUGAAUCAAAAACUAAUCUUAGCCUUCAUUCUCACUGUUAUUUCUCUUCUUUUUGUCACUGCUUCUCGCAACGACAAACCAUUAUCCGUCAAACAAAUUAUAUCUUAUCCGGUUACUAUCAGAAACGCUGGCGCCCAUAAAUUAUCCAUAAAAGUUAGAUGGUAUGGAUUUGGACUAAAAGAGAAGGAAAAAGUUGAAGCCAGACUUCGUUGUUUCUCUUCUGCUGUGACCGUCAAAAAUGCUCCUCAGCCUCAUUUAUUUGGUGAUCGUAAUGCCACUUUCGAAGUAAUCGUUAACAAAAAAAACGUCCUUGUAGAAUGUAGAACCGGGACCGUAAAUGGUGGUAUAGGUUUUUCGCACCGCUUUACAUUUCUAACUUGA